AUGUUCGUAACAUUUCAUUCAAUUAGCAAAAAUGAUCAACUUGAUGAUAAAUAAUGGUCCUUUUAUGUGAUUGCAACACUAAUAUGGAACGCUGAACAAAGGAAGAGAGUGUUCGUUAUGAGAUGCUCGUCCCAGCAACUGUGUUUUAAAAAUAAAAGUUAGCCUUUGAAAACUCAUGAGAAUGAAAUGAAUGAAAAUGUCUGAGACAUGCAUUAUGAUGAUAGAGACGUCGAUUUGACAUAUUCACAGAAACGAGUGCAUUUCAAUGAGAGCAAAGACAACAUAGUGAAUGUGAAAGCUUACUGAUAAGUAUUAUCUAUAUUCUCAGACUGUCACACACAACCUACUUCUGACAGCAUGCAGACAUGUUUAGAGACAGAUAUCGCCUCCUUAAUAGUCUUUUUCUCCCCAGAAGAGACCCUCUUGGGCAGCUGCCUGCCCAGCCGGGGGGCCCUCUCCAUGUCGCCCAGCGGCCACCACGUGGCUGCCCAGGCGGCGGCCCUGGAACAGCUCCGAGAGAAGCUGGAGAGCGGCGAACCGCCGGAGAAGAAGAUGAUGACGGUGGCGGAGGAGCAGCAGAGGAUCAUGCAGCAUGCCCUGCAGCAGAACCUGCUGGCGAUGGCCACCCAGCUGCCCCUCAACAUCAAACUCAACAACAGAGAUGAUAGACAAGAGACCGCAUUGAACCUGUCUACCAACGGCAUUAGCAGCAUCAACAUGUCAAUAGAAAUAAAUGGAGUUGUCUACACAGGUAAAUAG